CCUCUUCUGACCCCUCGUUUACAUCACUAACUGGUGACAGUUACAUCUACAUACAUAGUACCUGCCACUUCAACUGCUCAGAAUUAUAGAAGCCUCUUUGUAUGCAGCAGACAUGGCUAGCCAGCAGGAUUCAGGCUUCUUUGAAAUCAGUAUCAAAUAUUUACUGAAGUCCUGGAGCAAUACCUCUCCAGUUGGUAACGGAUACAUCAAACCACCAGUUCCACCUGUUUCUGGCACACAAAGGGAAAAGGGACCUCCAGCCAUGUUGCCCAUCAAUGUUGACCCAGACAGUAAACCAGGCGAAUAUGUCCUGAAGAGCUUAUUUGUUAACUUUACGACUCAGGCUGAGCGCAAAAUUCGCAUCAUCAUGGCAGAGCCCUUGGACCAGCUGAGGAGGAGGCGAUUGCAGCGCGGCGACGAUAUUCACUUCAUUCAAGUAAUAAGCUCAAUGAGCUCCCUUUCAGAGUAUUGCCUACCCUCUAUUCUGCGCACUCUUUUUGAUUGGUAUAAAAGGCAAAAUGGCAUAGAAGAUGAAUCUCAUGAAUACAGACCAAGAACAAGCACUAAAUCCAAAAGUGAUGAACAGCAGCGAGACUAUCUAAUGGAAAGAAGAGAUUUAGCCAUUGAUUUUAUUUUUUCUUUAGUAUUAAUAGAAGUUUUGAAACAGAUUCCACUUCAUCCUGUCAUAGACAGUUUGGUACAUGAUGUUAUUAACUUGGCUUUCAAGCACUUUAAAUAUAAAGAAGGGUACCUUGGUCCUAACACUGGAAAUAUGCACAUUGUUGCAGAUCUGUAUGCAGAAGUAAUAGGUGUGCUAGCACAAGCUAAAUUUCCUGCUGUGAAGAAGAAAUUCAUGGCAGAAUUAAAAGAGCUGCGGCAUAAAGAGCAAAGCCCCUAUGUGGUUCAAAGCAUUAUCAGUCUAAUAAUGGGGAUGAAAUUCUUUCGCAUUAAGAUGUAUCCCGUGGAGGACUUUGAAGCCUCUCUUCAGUUUAUGCAGGAAUGUGCACAUUAUUUCCUUGAAGUGAAGGACAAAGAUAUCAAGCAUGCAUUAGCAGGACUGUUCGUUGAAAUUCUUGUACCUGUAGCUGCUGCUGUUAAAAAUGAAGUGAAUGUUCCCUGUCUGAGGAACUUUGUUGAAAGCCUGUAUGACACAACACUUGAGCUUUCUUCUCGAAAGAAGCACUCACUGGCUUUGUAUCCUUUGGUAACAUGCCUGCUUUGUGUCAGUCAGAAGCAAUUCUUUUUAAACAGAUGGCAUAUUUUCCUCAACAACUGCCUAUCCAAUCUCAAAAACAAGGACCCCAAAAUGGCUCGAGUUGCACUGGAGUCUCUGUACAGACUACUGUGGGUUUACAUGAUUAGAAUUAAAUGUGAAAGCAAUACAGCUACCCAGAGUCGACUUAUAACCAUUGUCACAACGCUAUUCCCAAAAGGGUCCCGUGGUGUGGUGCCAAGGGAUAUGCCUCUAAACAUCUUUGUGAAAAUUAUACAGUUCAUUGCACAGGAACGUUUAGAUUUUGCAAUGAAAGAAAUUAUCUUUGACUUUCUUUGUGUUGGAAAACCAGCAAAAGCUUUCAGUCUCAAUCCAGAGAGAAUGAAUAUUGGUCUGAGAGCUUUCUUGGUGAUUGCUGAUAGCUUGCAGCAAAAAGAUGGCGAACCUCCAAUGCCAGUUACUGGAGCUGUCCUUCCCUCUGGAAACACUCUAAGAGUGAAGAAAACGUACUUAAGCAAAACUCUCACAGAGGAGGAAGCUAAAAUGAUAGGUAUGUCAUUGUAUUAUUCUCAAGUAAGAAAAGCUGUGGACAACAUACUAAGACAUCUUGAUAAAGAAGUCGGACGAUGUAUGAUGCUAACUAACAUACAGAUGUUAAACAAGGAACCUGAAGACAUGAUCACUGGUGAGAGAAAACCAAAAAUCGAUCUUUUCAGAACAUGUGUUGCUGCUAUUCCUCGAUUGCUUCCUGAUGGAAUGUCAAAACUUGAGUUGAUCGACUUGCUGGCAAGACUCUCUAUUCACAUGGAUGAUGAACUUCGGCACAUUGCACAAAAUUCUCUUCAGGGUCUACUUGUUGACUUUGUUGACUGGCGAGAGGAUGUGCUCUUUGGUUUUACUAACUUCCUACUACGUGAAGUGAAUGAUAUGCAUCACACUCUUCUUGAUACUUCCCUGAAGUUGCUGCUACAGUUGCUUACACAAUGGAAACUUGUAAUACACACUCCAGGAAAAUCCAGUGAACAGACAAAAAGCAGAUCAUCAGAGCUGAUACCAAACGGAUCCAGCCAUAGGAUACAGUCUGAAAGAAGUCCUUAUUCCAACGUACUGCAUGCUGUGGAAGGAUUUGCACUGGUACUACUUUGUAGUUUCCAGGUUGCUACCCGUAAACUAGCAGUUUUGAUUCUCAGAGAGAUCCGUGCUUUAUUUCUCGCCCUGGGGCAGGCAGAGGAUGAUGACAGGCCGAUGAUUGAUGUCAUGGAUCAACUAAGUUCUUCUAUUCUUGAAAGUUUUAUUCAUGUGGCAGUUUCUGAUUCGACUACAUUACCAUUAACACACAAUGUGGAUUUGCAAUGGCUGGUAGAAUGGAAUGCAGUCUUAGUAAAUAGUCAUUAUGAUGUAAAAAGCCCUUCUCAUGUCUGGAUAUUUGCACAGUCAGUUAAAGAUCCAUGGGUUCUCUGCCUCUUCAGUUUUCUUAGACAAGAGAAUUUACCAAAACAUUGUCCUACGGCUCUUAGCUAUGCUUGGCCAUAUGCUUUUACGAGGUUACAGCUAGUAAUGCCUCUUGUGGAUCCAAAUAUCCCUGUUAAUGCAAAGAAAACCAGUACAGCGAGCAGUGGAGACAACUAUGUAACUCUGUGGAGAAACUAUCUUAUUCUCUGCUUUGGAGUAGCGAAACCCAGUAUUAUGAGCCCGGGACACUUACGUGCUUCAACUCCAGAGAUCAUGGCUACCACUCCCGAUGGAACAGUAAGCUACGAUAACAAGGCUAUAGGAACCCCAUCUGUUGGAGUCCUGUUAAAGCAGCUAGUACCUUUGAUGAGACUUGAAAGCAUAGAAAUCACAGAAUCACUUGUAUUAGGAUUUGGAAGAACAAAUUCUCUUGUUUUCAGGGAAUUAGUAGAAGAACUUCACCCAUUAAUGAAAGAAGCCCUAGAAAGAAGACCAGAGAAUAAGAAACGCCGUGAGCGCCGAGAUCUGCUGAGACUGCAGCUAUUGCGAAUUUUUGAAUUGCUUGCUGAUGCUGGUGUUAUAAGUGACAGUACAAAUGGAGCCUUAGAGAGGGAUACUUUAGCCCUUGGAGCCUUGUUCUUAGAGUAUGUUGAUCUAACUCGCAUGCUGCUAGAGGCUGAAAAUGAUAAAGAAGUUGAAAUUCUUAAGGACAUGAGAGCACAUUUCAGUGCCAUGACUGCCAACUUGAUUCAGUGUGUUCCAGUUCACCAUCGGAGAUUUCUCUUCCCUCAGCAAAGCUUGAGGCACCACCUUUUCAUCUUAUUUAGUCAAUGGGCUGGACCUUUCAGUAUUAUGUUUACACCACUGGAUCGUUACAGUGACAGAAAUCACCAGAUUACAAGAUACCAGUAUUGUGCAUUAAAGGCAAUGUCAGCUGUACUCUGCUGUGGCCCUGUAUUUGACAAUGUGGGUCUUUCCCCUGAUGGCUAUCUUUAUAAAUGGCUUGAUAACAUUCUAGCUUGUCAAGAUUUACGAGUUCAUCAGCUUGGAUGUGAAGUUGUAGUCUUGUUGCUGGAACUAAAUCCGGACCAAGUAAAUCUUUUCAACUGGGCUAUAGAUCGGUGUUAUACUGGAUCAUACCAGCUUGCUUCUGGAUGCUUCAAAGCCAUUGCGACUGUGUGCGGAAGCAGGAACUAUCCUUUUGAUAUAGUGACACUUUUAAACCUAGUGCUAUUCAAGGCAUCCGACACCAACAGAGAGAUUUAUGAAAUUUCCAUGCAACUUAUGCAGAUUCUUGAGGCAAAGCUUUUUGUUUAUUCAAAGAAAGUUGCUGAGCAAAGACCUGGCAGUAUCCUGUAUGGUACACAUGGCCCAUUACCACCUCUUUACAGUGUAUCAUUGGCACUUCUUUCAUAUGAGCUAGCAAGGAUGUAUCCUGAGCUCACCCUUCCACUUUUUUCAGAGGUAAGUCAACGAUUCCCAACAACCCAUCCAAAUGGGAGACAGAUCAUGCUUACCUAUCUGCUACCAUGGCUUCAUAACAUCGAACUUGUAGACAGCAGACUUCUUCUCCCAGGUUCAAGCCCUAGCACCCCAGAGGAUGAAAUAAAGGACAAGGAAGGGGAAAUAGCUGUCACAUAUGGACUGAAAGGAAAUGGAUGGGGCUCUCCGGAGGCCACAUCGUUGGUGCUUAAUAAUCUCAUGUAUAUGACAGCUAAGUAUGGAGAUGAAGUUCCUGGGCUAGAGAUGGAAAAUGUCUGGAAUGCCUUGGCCAACAAUGAGAAAUGGAGCAACAACCUUAGAAUAACACUGCAAUUUCUAAUUAGCUUGUGUGGGGUUAGCAGUGAUACCAUCCUUUUACCUUAUAUCAAAAAGGUUGCCAUAUAUUUGUGUCGGAAUAACACUAUUCAAACAAUGGAAGAGUUGCUUUUUGAACUUCAGCAGACCGAUCCAGUAAACCCGAUUGUUCAGCAUUGUGAUAAUCCACCUUUUUACCGCUUUACUGCCAGCAACAAACCCUCAGCUGUUGCUUCUGGAACUACCUCUAGCAGUAAUACUGUUGUAGCUGGCCAAGACAGUUUUCCUGAUAUAGAGGAGAGCAGGAUGGUGAAGGAAACUGAUGAAAGGUUCAGUAAUGUAAUCAGAGCACAUACUCGACUAGAAUCAAGGUACAGUAAUAGCUCUGGAGGAUCUUAUGAUGAUGAUAAAAAUGAUCCUGUUUCUCCAUAUACUAGCUGGCUGUUGAAUAUUGUGGAGACCAAACAGCCACAACCCUUGCCAAUGCCUUACAAUGGAGGAUGCUGGGCACCACUUGUUGACUACCUCCCAGAAACUGUCACACCACGGGGACCCCUUCAUAGGUGCAAUAUUGCUGUUAUUUUCAUGACUGAGAUGGUAGUGGAUCACAGUGUGAGAGAAGAUUGGGCCCUUCACCUCCCUUUAUUACUUCAUGCUCUUUUCUUAGGUGGCUUUGACUUUCUACGGGAGUACCAGUCAUCACCAGUGCCAGAUUCUGGUUUAAGCUCCAGCUCUACCUCCUCAAGUAUCAGUCUAGGAGGCAGCAGUGGAAAUCUCCCACAGAUUACCCAAGAGGUGGAGGAUAUGGACACAGCUCCUGAAACAGAUGAAAAGGCAAACAAAUUAAUUGAAUUUCUGACUACCAGGGCAUUUGGUCCACUCUGGUGCCAUGAAGAUAUCACACCCAAGAACCAGAAUACAAAGAGUGCUGAUCAACUUACUAAUUUUCUGAGACAUGUUGUGUCUGUAUUUAAAGAUUCCAAGUCAGGUUUUCAUUUGGAGCAGCAUCUGAGUGAAGUUGCUUUACAAACGGCUCUUGCAAGCUCUUCAAGACAUUAUGCAGGUCGAUCUUUCCAGAUAUUCAGGGCGUUAAAGCAACCUCUUUCUGCACAUGCAUUGUCUGACCUUCUGUCAAGAUUGGUGGAAGUUAUAGGAGAACAUGGAGAUGAGAUUCAGGGUUAUGUAAUGGAAGCACUACUUACCUUGGAGGCUACAGUGGAUAAUCUGUCUGAUUGUUUGAAGAACAGUGAUCUCUUGACCGUAUUAUCUCGUUCAUCAUCACCAGACUUAACAUCAAGCACUAAACUGACUGCAAAUCGGAAGAGUACGGGCCAACUGAACGUGAAUCCUGGGGCUGUAAGUGGUAACACAGCCACUGCUGAACGAAGCAGACACCAGAGGAGCUUUUCUGUACCCAAAAAGUUUGGUGUUGUGGACAGAUCCUCAGAUCCACCACGCAGUGCCACACUAGAUAGAAUUCAGGCAUGCACCCAGCAAGGCCUGUCCUCUAAAACCAGGAGCUCAUCCUCUCUAAAAGACAGCCUCACUGAUCCUUCUAAUAUUAAUAAUCCAACCAACCUGUUGGCCACCAUCUUCUGGGUUGCUGUAGCUUUGAUGGAAUCUGAUUUUGAAUUUGAGUAUCUAAUGGCUUUACGAUUGUUGAAUAAACUACUAGCUUAUUUGCCACUGGAUAAAGUUGAAAAUAGGGAGAAGUUAGAAAAGUUACAAGGACAGCUAAAGUGGUCAGAUUUCUUGGGGCUGCAACAGCUGUUGCUAAAAGGAUUCACUUCUCUUACCACCACUGACCUCACGUUACAGCUCUUCAGUUUGCUGACACCAGUGUCACGAGUAUCCAUGGUGGAUUCCUCUCAAAUUAUAGGGUUCCCACUGAAUGUCUUGUGUCUCCUGCCUCAUUUAAUUCAACAUUUUGAUAGCCCAAACCAGUUCUGUAAGGAUAUAGCAGAGAGAAUUGCUCAGGUUUGUCUGGAAGAAAAGAACCCCAAGCUAUCAAAUCUUGCACAUGUAAUGACCCUUUAUAAAACUCACAGCUAUACAAGAGACUGUGCUACAUGGGUAAAUGUUGUUUGCCGUUACCUCCAUGAAGCAUUUGCUGACAUUACCCUGAGUAUGGUUACAUAUUUGGCUGAGCUACUAGAAAAGGGCCUUCCCAGCAUGCAACAGUCCCUCUUGCAGAUGAUCUACAGUCUUCUUAGUUAUAUGGACUUGUCAGGUAUUCCUGUUAAACAAUUUAACAUGGAAGUGUUAAAGACAAUUGAAAAAUAUGUGCAGAGCAUUCACUGGAGAGAAGCCUUGAACAUCUUGAAGUUGGUAGUUUCUCGCUCUGCCAGCCUGGUUUUACCUUCCUAUCAACACGGUGAUCUUUCAAAAAUGGAAAUACAUCGAGUGUGGAACAGUACUUCAAAGGAACUGCCAGGGAAAACUUUGGAGUUUCAUUUCGAUAUUUCUGAGACUCCAAUUAUUGGGAGACGAUAUGAUGAGCUACAGAGUUCUGCUGGCCGAGAUGGUAAACCCCGGGCAAUGGCUGUCACUCGAAGCACUUCCUCAACCUCCUCAGGUUCUAAUUCCAAUGUCCUCGUUCCUGUGAGCUGGAAAAGGCCUCAGUAUUCUCAGAAAAGGACAAAGGAAAAGCUGGUACACGUCCUUACCCUGUGUGGUCAAGAUGUGGGGCUGAGCAAAAACCCUUCAGUAAUUUUUUCUUCAUGUGGUGAUUUGGAUCUGAUUGAGCACCAGACAAGCUUGGUGUCUUCAGAAGACGGAACGAGGGAACAAGAGAACAUGGACGAUUCAAACAGUGAACAACAGUUCAGAGUCUUUAGGGACUUCGAUUUCCUAGAUGUUGAACUGGAAGAUGGGGAGGGUGAGAGUAUGGACAAUUUCAACUGGGGAGUGCGCAGACGUUCCUUAGAUAGUCUGGACAAAUGCGAUAUGCAGCUUCUGGAGGAAAGCCAGCUUUCAGGAAGUACACCCAGCCUAAAUAAAAUGAACCAUGAGGACUCCGAUGAGUCAUCAGAGGAGGAGGACCUAACAACAAGCCAAAUAUUGGAACAUUCAGACCUAAUCAUGACUCUUUCCCCCUCUGAGGAUACAAUUCACAUGGACUCUCUUUCUACAUCAUGUGAUACCACCGCAGCUGCCCCACAUCAUUUUAAUACAAGAACAUCUAGCUUUGAAGUGUCUUUGCCUGACAUGAGUAAUCACCAGGUGUCUGAGGGUUCUAAGGGCGAAGCUGCACAUGAAGAGGAAGAUACAACAGUACAUGAAGAUGACCUUUCUGGGUCUACAAAUGAACUCCCAGCAGCAUUUGAAUGCAGUGAUAGCCUUAGCCUGGAUAUGACAGAGACUGAAGAAAAAGGGGACAGAUUGUUGGAGCAGUUUGCUCUUGCCAGUUUUGGUGAAGGUGACAGAAAUGCCUCCCCUCCUCCCUCUCCGUUCUUUUCUGCCAUCCUUGCUGCAUUUCAGCCAGCUGCAUGUGAUGAUGCAGAAGAAGCCUGGCGUAGUCAUAUCAACCAACUCAUGUGCGAUUCUGAUGGGUCCUGCGCAGUUUAUACAUUUCAUGUGUUCUCCUCUCUGUUUAAGAAUAUUCAGAAAAGGUUCUGCUUCCUAACUUGUGAUGCUGCCAGUUACCUUGGCGACAACCUACGAGGAAUAGGCUCAAAGUUUGUGAGCUCUUCUCAGAUGCUAACUUCCUGUUCAGAAUGCCCCACUCUUUUCGUAGAUGCUGAAACACUUCUCUCUUGUGGACUUCUUGAAAAGCUAAAAUUCAGUGUUCUAGAACUACAGGAGUAUUUGGACACAUACAACAACAGGAAAGAAGCAACUCUCUCAUGGCUUGCAAACUGCAAAGCAACGUUUGCUGGGGGUUCACAAGAUGGAGUUAUUACUUGUCAGCCAGGGGACUCUGAAGAAAAGCAAUUGGAACUGUGUCAGAGAUUAUAUAAGCUCCACUUCCAGCUGCUGUUGCUUUUUCAGUCGUACUGUAAACUCAUUGGACAGGUGCAUGAAGUUAGUUCCAUGCCAGAGCUCCUAAAUAUGUCAAGAGAACUGAGUGAAUUAAAGAAAAAUCUUAAAGAUGCUACUGCUGCUAUUGCAGCUGAUCCUCUAAAUAUGGAAGCUGCCUUAUCUGAGCCCACAUUCAGUUCUACAGAAGCAGCCAUUCAAUCCAUGCUGGAGUGUUUAAAAAGCAAUGAACUUGGUAAAGCUUUACUACAGAUAAGAGAAUGCAGGAGUUUGUGGCCAAAUGACAUCUUUGGAAGCAAUUCUGAUGAUGAGGUCCAGACACUACUGAAUAUUUACUUCCGGCAUCAAACACUGGGCCAGACUGGCACUUAUGCACUAGUGGGCUCCAACCAGAGCCUGACUGAAAUCUGUACCAAACUAAUGGAGCUGAAUAUAGAGAUUCGCGACAUGAUUCGCAGAGCUCAGAGUUACCGGGUCAUCAAUACUUUUCUUCCAGACUCCAGUGUUUCCGGCACAAGUCUCUGACAGGAGUCUUGUGUCCCCUUUCUCUUUCAAGCUGGGAGUGCUGCCCUGCUGGAGUGAGGUGGUUCAGUGUCUUCUCGGCCUUAGAAAAGUUUGGUCAAGCUGUACUCACUCUUGUUACAUUUAGGACUUCUUCUAAAAAGAGAUGGGCAGAACUUCAAAUGUGUAGCAAUACUGUAAGGACAAAGGAAGCAUAGAAUAUCCAGGACAGAAUCCUUUGUUCUGUGUUGCACAAAAAUUGGUUAGCAUUUCACUGAGCAACUGCAACUCACUACUGAAGAAGUGACUUCCAUUGCAUACCAAAGCCUACUACACUGAACAGUACUUCCUUUUUAGAAAAUUAUUUUAGAUUGGCAAAAGUGCAAUGUUUCCUUCACUAUAGAAUAUUUUUUCUUAUAAAACGUGAACAUUUUUUCUCUUUUUUGUGUUGUUUGGUUGAGCGAAAGCUGGGCAAAAUGAAGCUGGCCACAGAACAUUGCAAAAUUGGUCGAAAGCUGAGAGCCUGUGUAUAUGAAACAAAUUGUAAAUGGACUACAAUUUACUGUACACUGUAAUUUGAAUAUGAUUACUGUAUCUUAAAACAAUGAGCUGCUAUGAAGUACAUUUCCUAAUGUUGCUAGGCUACUGUUUCUGAAGGUACUGGAUCAUAUUGCAGAGGUCUGUUCUUAGGCCCUGAAUGCCAUGAAUGGUCUAGGUAGAUUUUCUCUUUUUUUUCUUCUUUUUGUUAAGGACUUUGGCUGCUUUUUACUAGAAGGUUGCUUUUAUUAAUAUAUUUAUACUAUUAAAGGAUGGUUGAUCUGAUUUACCUUACCAUUUUGUAGGAAAAAGUCACAUCACAUAUUCAAAAUCUUUUGAACUCUCACGCAUGCAUAUUUUUAUUUAAUAUAAAUCUGGACUAUAAAAUUUAAAAUAUUUAUGUGAAAUGCAAGUUCUCACUUUACGUUCUUAAAAAGAUGUCUUAUUUGAUUUGUUAUAUAUAUAUAACAUAUAUAUAAUAUAAGUCAUUCUUGUAUGUUUUUGUUUCCUUACAUUUAACUGCUGUUAAAUGUGUGCAUGUAAAUCUGUUGCACAUCUGAGACACUCUUAUUCAGACAUUAUAUAACUUAUUCAGGCUGUAAAUACACUUAGUUUUUUGUGAAGUAACAUUGGUUGAUAUUUUGAUCAGUACAUUCAUUUAACUAAAAUAUAAAAGUCAUAUAUCACAACUGCGUAUGUGCUGAUUGGUUUGCUGAAGAUCUUGUUCUUGACUGAGUCUACAAUACUGACUCAAACUAUUAAUAACAUGCAGACACUGAAAUGUUCCUAAUUAUUUCCUUCUGAAAAGUCUAAGCCCAUUAUACAGAAAGAAAAUGUAAGAUAUCUGUAUUCUAUUCCUCAGCAAUAACAUGUAAAGGGAAGAACAAAUUGACUGUAGAUUUUUAAAAAAACAAGUUUCUAAAAUCUCAUGGUUUAAAGUUCAGUUCUGAAAAGUGACUAUGACUGUAGCACUGUGGCCUUCCAGCUUUGUGUCUGAAAGAUUUCCAUCUCAGGUGUUCUUGGUUUACAGGUACUAACAUCUUCUAACUGGCAGCGUUGCCAAUCCAAUCUGGCAUCUGAGAGUCAAGUAGCAUUUCUUCCUUUGAAAACACAAUGACUUGCCACCCUUCUCUUAUUCCUUGCUUGCACAGCUAUAAUUGAUUGGUCCUGUAAUUGGAAGUUGGUAAACAACUGUGUUGCUGCACAAAAAGAUAUAUAAUCCAUCUCUCAGAUCUGUGUUGACCCUGCAGGGCUACAAGUACUAAAAUGACUGCACCACAACUAAAGGUGGGGCAGAAUUUGUGCGGGCUUACCCAAAGGAGGACAGCUCUGCAUUGUGAUUGGGGGAGGGAGAGAAAGAAGGUCAGAAACUGCUGCAAAAG